AGCAAGUGCAACAUUGCCAGUGCACACGCGGUGGUCCGUUCGUGAAAGGGGAACCUGACGAGAGACAGAGAGCGGUUCACGUCACCUGGUGUGGGGGCCUUUUUUCGACAGAGCAGUUCUGGAUAUGUAAUCAACUCGUUAAACCACGUUAAACCUAAACCUACUAGUAUUACCUGCUGAUCAGCGCCCACAAUCCACUACGAAGGAAAAUUGUAUCAAAUCAGUUAUCGGUUCGAAAGUCACAGAGCAAAGUAUAUAGCCACCGGAAGGCUGGAGAACAUUGCAGUGUUCGGAAUCCAUCUGAUAAAAGGUUUAAAACCAGCCAUUGUUAAAGUUCCUACAAGUGUACGUAUAUUAUAUAUUAUAUAAGUGCGGGAGUUAGUAAAGAGAAAAUAAGAGUGAAAGCAACAGGAUAAAAAGGCCCAGAAAAACCCUACCAAAAUGAAAUCGCAGCUCAUAGAGGAGAAGAGCCCCAAGCCGACGAAGACCUGGACGAAACAGGACAAGAGUUGCGGGCUAGACAAAUCCACCAGGAGCGGCCUCAAGGUGACAGUCCUCUGGGUCACCUACGUCCUCAUGGGAUCCUUCGCCUUCAUCUACCUCGAGCAGAGCACCUCCGUCACUUCAUCCGAGAAGGACCACCAUCACUGGGCCAGAUUCAAAGAAUUGGCUUCCUCGGGAGAUGCGGUGGACGAACUAAUGGACCUGAGAGAUCUCCUCACCGAGAUUUGCCAGCAUCCCAGAAUAAAUCAGACUUAUGGAUGGGUGGUGUCUCGUGUUCAACAACACGGUCAGGAUGGCCAGGAAGGAGACUCGAUCCUACAUAACAUCAAGACGAUCGAGGUAGCAGAUGGGUGGUGGCGCAGCAUCGAGAAGGAAUGCGCAGAAACGCUGCGCAUCAUUGAACACGUCACGACGACUCAUUAUUGGUCAGUCGUGGACUCCAUUUAUUUCACCAUGACGGCUGUGACCACCAUAGGAUAUGGCCACAUCGCCCCUCAGACGAGAUAUGGCCGUCUGUUCUGCGUCCUCUAUUCUCUGGUCGGAGUUCCUCUCACAUGCAUCCUGAUGGCUAAGUCUUCAGACCUCCUGUCUAACAAGAUGCUUCAACUCUACACAACGGCUAAGAAAAAGCACCUUCGCAACCACAAGACUCUUCUGUACGGCAUCACCUGGAUCUACCUCACCGUGGGAUUCAUCGUGUUCAUGUUCAUCCCUUCGGUUUUCUUCGUCAAAUUAGAAAACUGGACAUACGAAGACGCUCUCUACUUCACCUUCAUCACGCUUAGUACCAUCGGUUUUGGAGACCUGAUCGCUGGUUACAACACUUCUGAAUGGUACAGCGACGCUUACAAGAUGGCCAUUGUGAUAUGGAUCAUGCUGGCUUUGGGAUACUGGUUCUUGCUGAUGAACUUCCUGCAGAAGGCCCUGAAAAGCAACGUCCCUAGAAAGAUUAAGAAGACGCUCCAUUUCAAGACUAAGAAAAUGGCCAAGCAAGCAGAAUUCUUCAGGCAGCUGGUUGGUUCGGUGCGACGCAGCCAGAGAAAGACGUCAGUUGUGGAGAGCGAGAGAGAAGUGAUGGCUCUCAUGGCUGAGGUUGCUGGAGCUCUCACCGGAGAAGAAGGCUCCAGAGUUUGUAGGCCUAGGUCACGCAAGCCAAGUGUCAGAUUGGAUUGCACUCAAGCAGCAGAAGAUUCAGACUGCGAAGUGAACACCACCUUCACCUUGGCUGACCUCCUAGACGUGAACGUCGUGGUCAGGUCAGAUGGGGUCCCAACCAUCAGGAACUUGGCAGCACAGUCCCCACAGCCUAUUGAGGAAUACUCCAAGUCCUUGCACGGGAUGCUGAAGAAGUCGGCGAGCCAGGGCGACACACAGGUGGCGGAGGAGUCCGAACACAACCAGCUGGAGGAGGUAGUCCUACCGCUACGCGAGGUCCUCCAGCUGGUGGUUCUAGUCGCUUCUGUAGAGGAUCAGGUUUCAGCUGAGGGAACCGAGAGCACAGUGUCCCUACAGGACGAAAUCCGCCCGCGGGCCGACACAUCUUCCUCACUGACAUCGUGCACCGACACCCGGGAAUCUGUCCCCCUCCUGAGGGACAUCUUCGCCGGCAGACAGCCGGCCAACAGACUCUUCAUCCCCAGCGCUAGCAACCUGAACCUGCAGCAGAAGGAGCACCUGCUCAACCACGGCGAGGACAAGGAGACGGAGGAGGUGGUGAACGAGCAGUUUGACGAAUUCUCCGAGGACGAAGAGGAUGAAGAGAGCGACUCAGUGGCUAGUCAGAUUGAUUUGAGCUGCGUAGACGACUCGAAGUCGAAAGACGUCGAGUCUGGUUGCGCUUACAAGCGAUAGAAGAAGAAACAAAGGACUAGAGAAAAUUGGAACAGCAAAGCUCGCCGUGAUUCCAGUGGUUUGGCAUCUACGGGUUGUUAAUCAUCUUUCCUCUCCUUCUGGUGUCCUUUGAGACUCGAGUUUCUAACUUGUCAAUUAGAAUCAUAUUUUUGUAUAUUGUUACAUGGAUGGUUUUUUAAUUGAUAGCGACUCGGCGUUAGCUCUGUGUGAAAACUUCAGCUCUAACUUGAAACAUGGUUAGACCUAGUCGAUUUUCAUACUGAGGUAAAUCUUGUCGAGUUUAACCAGAACUUUAUUUUUUUUCUUAUUUACACUAUUAUUGGCUCUGAAAAUAUUCCAAAAACGGUCAAGAAAAGACUAUAAUUACUAACACGACGAGAAUGUCGAAGCCAAUUUUGAGCAAAUAUGUGAUAUGAGAGUCUUUUCUUCACCGGAAACAGUUUGCGCACGUGCCCCUUUGCGCAAAAAAAAAAAAAAAAAAAAAAAAAAAAGUUACCAACUUUCCGCGAAUUGGCCUUUGAUUCGUAUCACACUUAGUCUUCGUGCUGGAAAAGGAAGACACCGUUAAAUUAAGACUCAUCACCGUUUUCAUUCCGUAGUCACUGAUGCUGGGUUCACUGACUACAAUUCAUACUCGGGAAAUGACUUUGGAACGGGUUGAAUGUGCUGGUAUAUCAAUUACUCAACUUCAUACCUGCGAGGGUAUGAUGCAUUCGAUAUGAGAAAAAAAACAAAACCAGGACACUACAAAAAUUAAGCUAGCCCAGUCCUUUCCAGCAUCCUUCUGGAAUACUGGAAGAAUCCUUGGUAAAAUCACUUGAUCGUUGAGCAAACAUUUUCAACCCCAAAUGAUUGUUUUCAGAAUACUUUCAGAUGCAAUGUGAAAUCCCCUGAUGUCAACUUUGCUGCUUUAAGAGAUUUGUGGACCACAUUCAUCGCUAAAAGUCACAAUCACCUUUGCAUAUUGGUUAUUACUUUAUACAGGUCCUGUGCGUGAAACACAUAUAAACCUCUUUUCAUCGAGAAACAAGUCUAGACUCACAGUCAGGCCUCUUAGACACAUUAUGACAGUGAAACUGUUUGUUGUUCUAGAAGUGAAUUUACUGAAGGAUAGAUAUAAUUCUUCGACAAGAAAACUGGUGCUAAAAUCACGUUCCCUCGACACCUUUGUUCCUGUAAGAAUUCAUUUUCAUCCAAAUCUCACACCUUCUUCAGCUUCCAUCGCACACAAAGAACCUCAAAUACUAACUUUUCCAGCGCAACGAUUGAAUCGCAAACAUUGUAGGCUAAUACUUCCAGUUCUAAGAACGAUAUUUAUAUAUAAGAUUUCUCUCAGAAAUUCUCUAUUUAACUCAAAGAUAUACUAUUCGAUGUUGUGAACCAGAGUUUCUCUUCAGAACUCUCUAACAAACGCUCCAGAUACAAAAAUUCUGGUCACAGGACAGUAAUACUGUCCAUGCCUUAUAUUCCUUGUUAGGUACUGAGAGUGCUAGUUUCAUCUAGCAAUGCUAAUAUUAAUUGAUGGGUAUUGAGAGUGCUAGAUGAAACGAGAGUAGCACUAGUUUCAUCUAGCAAGGCUAGUGUCCCUUGACAGGUAUUGAGAGUGCUAGUUUAGUCUGUGCUAGGUUAGUAGUGCAUAGCAAAUGUAGGAGAGCUUUAAUAGACAUAACAUUUCAUAUAUCUCUGUACAACCAAGCUAGAAGUCUAUUUUAGAUGGUCAUAACUUGCCUAGUACUAUGGAAUUAACACUUCUGGGCGGUUGUACGUGUAUUGUUUAGAAGUCAAAUAGUACCAGACGGGUCUGUACUGCCUAUCAUACGUAUCUUAUAGAGGGAGUGGCAUGGGGGACAUUCUCGCCUUUGGCUUGGCAUUAACAUACUUUAAAAAGCUUACUCAGAUCAUUCAUAUAGUUUCAACAGAGAUCAAAUCUUUUCUCUCGAGAGAUAAGUACUACUUAAACAAUUAUUAGAAGCUUUAUGGAAACAGUUUCCCCGCUACACAAUUCCUUUAGAAUUUAAUCUCUACGCUUCGUCUAAGUUCUAAUAUUUCGAAGGGAACUUGUUCGUCAUUAGUCGCAAGGCCUUACGUAAACUCUAUCGAUAUUCUCCUUAAACCUUUACUCUUUCAUUUCAUGUUCCCUGUUAACUUAUCCUUCUUUAACGUCAAUAUGACUUCAUCUGCAUAAACUAAUGGUUCCUCUUUCUUCUGUUCAAAAUCUACAGCAUCAAACUUAUCAACUCUUUCCUACCUGUGGUGUGAUUCUGUUAAGUGAUUUCUACUGUAUCUUUUCUAUAAAAUUCUUCAUCAGCUCAGUAUCUAUAGCUCCUAAACCACUAAAACCUUUGAAAUGACUGUUCUCGUCAAUUCAGCAAUCACCUGCUAAUUCUAUUCCCCGCAACAUUUAGGCUGUGAUUAUGCUGCUUAGGAGCAAUUAGUACGAUAAGGGCAUUCUGAUAUUCGUUAGGCCUAAGCUCGUAUACAGGUUUACUCCCUGGUACUACAACGAAAAUGACAAUCCGAGCAGCAAUAAUUACAGGUGAAGUAUUUUUUUUCGCUAGUGCUAAAGCAAUCAACCGGCAAUAGUAUUAUAUAAUGAUAAAUAUAUAAUCUUAGUCCAGAUAAAACUGUAAGACUGUGGAGCAGUUUUCCAAGCAGUGUUGGCGCUAUUUUUUUUAGCGCACUAUCCCUCUACCAUAACUAUUUUCCUUCUUUCUCAACUGUCUCGUUCUUAUCUAUUUAUUUGUUGUUUUUGUUUUUCAAGUUUAAUCGUUAUUUGUAUCUGUCUGUUUGUCUGUCUGCUUAGCAACUUGGGGGUCAUUUUGGCUUGUGAAUGAGUGAAAAUGAUUAUUUAUCAUUUCUGCAGCUACUGUAAAUGUCAAUCUGACCUUGUCAUUACAGUGAAAACUUUUGCAGUAAUGAAUGCAGGCCUUGUUAUGCAAUACGAAGCUUUACGUUGUCAGUGAAAGCCAAAAUGUAGGGGAAUAAAUACUGCCACUAUUUACCAAAGUGCUUAAAUAAAAGUAAAAAAAAAAAAAAAAAUGAUCGGCCUAGAGAUGACAGUUACAAACCGUGUCCCACCGCGGCGCCCCCACCACCAUCCACCCUCAUCUAUCGUAGUACGUGAAGUGAACUAUCGGUCUUUACAUCAGUAUUACUCUGUGAUCUUCGUCCCUUAAUAGCUUAGAGAGGCAAGAAUGCGACAUGAUUGACGACGACGACAUUCCUUAUAAAGUCCUUUCCUGUACACGGAAGGAACUGUGGUAGCUCUUGAGAAUCCAAAUAAGUAUGGAAAUACUGACGUAGGUCUAUGUUUCUUGUUCGUUGAUUUUUCUGUAUAUUUUUGUUCCUGUUAUCAGUCUUCCAUUAGUUUUCAACAUACGUAAGUGUAUAAUGUAUAACUAUGUUUUUCAUUGUAUCUACAAUAGCUGUGAAUCCACUUGUAGUGUGAAUAAAUGUAACUUUUAAAGGAAGUAAGUGUAGCAGAAACUGGUGUGACUGAAGACAGCGCUUGGGGAGAACAUCAGUUGUGUUCUAUUCUCAAAACAGUCGAUAAACCAGUAUUAACAGAAGAAACCGUUUGUGUUCUAUUGCCAUAACUGUUGUUCACAGUUACGGCAAGAAGAGAUCGUCCUAUAAAUGAAAUAAUACGAGAUAUAUGACUAAGGAGUUUCUGCUGCAGCUUGUCGUAAAACAAACCAAUAUUUACACUCGUGGUGACAUAUCCCACCAUUAAAGAUGCUAGAUGAUCAUAUUCAAUAUAUUUCUUUCAGAUUAUGUAAUCGCUGUAUAAUUUUUCACGUGUCAAGACAAAUAUAUGUUUUCGUAUACGUUACAGAUACCAAGAAUCAACUCAUACAUGUUAUUGUGUUGUAUAUUGGAUGUUUAAUGAGUCAUAAACAUGAUACUUUUUUCAUGCUGUGUAUAAUGUUUUAGUUCACCCAGAGUUGCCAGUUACUCUGAUUUCCAUUGUGAUUUUAUUUUAAAAUGUAUCGCAGUAUAUACAUAUUCCAGUCAGUGCUGAAAAGGUUUUAUUUACAUCGCUUUGUAAAACAUUCGAAGAGAAAUAAAAGUACAAAUAAAU